AUGGAUAUCCAUCGCUGUCGUUUCGUGCCUUACAAUCCGCAGGCGAUCAAUGCGCUCGCGUUCUCACACCCCCCCUCUGCAGAACUUGCUGGACGAGGUGUACCUACCUUGCGACUUGCCAUUGGUCGCGCAAAUGGCGACAUUGAGAUCUGGAACCCGAUGCGCGGCGCCUGGUUUCAGGAGACAGUCUUGAGAGGAGGAAAGGACAGGAGCAUCGAAGGACUUGCGUGGACCCUUGAUCCCCCCGAAGCCGGACCCGACGGGACCAAAAUCCCCGGCAAACUGCGUUUGUUCAGCAUCGGAUACUCGACUGUGGUGACGGAGUGGGAUCUCGAGCAAGGUCGGCCUCUGCGCCAUUUCAGCGGAAACUAUGGUGAAAUCUGGUGUAUCGCGGCACAACCAAGGUGGCAGGCUACGAAGCGCGGCAAGGAUGGGAAAUUGCUCCCCCCGGCUGAGGGAGAGUACACCGGGCAGCAUCUUGCGGCGGGCUGCGCCGAUGGCUCGAUUGUGAUCCUGUCAACUGCCGACGGGGACUUGAAGUUCCUGCGUCUGAUGCGCCCAUCUACGAAGAGAGCGAGAGUUCUCAGCGUUACUUUCCAAAAUCGCAACACAAUCGUGGCUGGGUAUGCUGACAGCUCGAUUCGACUAUUCGAUAUUCGCUCCGGACAGCUUCUGCGCACCAUCUCUCUUGGAAAGGGACCUACUGGAGGACCCAAGGAACUGCUUGUUUGGUCUGUCAAGUGUCUGCCCGACGGUACGAUCGUUUCUGGUGAUUCUGCAGGCGAGAUUCGAUUCUGGGAUGCCAAGAACUACUCCCUCAUCCAGCGGAUACAAGGUCAUAUGGCGGAUACGCUUGAUGUUGCUGUGAGCGCUAAUGGAGAUACGGUUGUCAGUGGAGGUGCGGACCAGAGAACGGUUGUGUACAGAAAACGAGAGGGCGAUAAAGGCGACAAGAAGAACAGAUGGGCUGAAGUGAUGCACCGCCGAUAUCAUACCCAUGAUGUCAAGACCUUUGCUGUCUAUGAAACGCGAGAUAUCAGUAUUGUUGUAUCCGGAGGACCUGAUGCAUCACCCGUGGUCCUGCCCUUGCGUGAAUUCGGAAAAGAACACCACCGGAAGCUAUCGAGUCUUCCCCAAAUUCCACAGGUGGCUUCGUCUCCUUCGUCUCGCUUGGUGAUGAGCUUCUGGGACAGAGAAGUCAGCAUCUGGCGCUUGUCUCGUGGCCCUACUACAGCACUUGACGCCCAGGAAGGUCAGAAGCACCGACUAGUAGGAAAGGUCCUGAUUCAGGGAGAAGAAAAUAUCACAUCAGCGAUGAUUUCCGUGGACGGCAAGAUCCUUGUUGUCGCUACAGUAUCCGAAGUGAAGGUGUUCUCCGUUCGAAGACGUAAGAGCGAUGACCGGGGCGCCCUGCGCAUACAAAAGUUGGAUUUGCCUCGCGCAUUCUCGGAGGAUGGAGCACGAGCUGUGGCCGUUUCACCGGACAGCCGAUGGCUCUGCGUGGUUCGUCCCAACAGCGCUAUCUAUCUGGCCAGAAUCAUACCUGCUUCGUCCCCACAGGAGAAGCCUCAGAUCCUGCCGCAGCUUGUGAAACUCAACAGAGCUACCCGGCACACUCGUCACGAAAAGGCUUCCCACGGUACGUUGGGGGAUUAUGAGAGGACUAUUCGCUGUGUGGCGUUCUCCGACGACAGCCGAAUCCUCGCAACGGGUGACCUUUCUGGCUGUGUGGACAGCUGGUCUCUGGAGAACGUGGAAGGCUCAUCUUCAAACGCUGUCUCCAAGCGCAAUGGGGCAGCGGACUCUGAUGACGAGUCUUCAGAUGACGAAGAGGAGGGCCCGGUGAUUGAAGGAGAGCGCUGGCAAUACACUGCUGCUGAUUCGCCUAUACCCAGACUCAAGUCCGGCGUGGUCCUCCUUUCAUUCCGCCCGCGGAGCCUAGCAGAAACGAAAAUGCUGACAAAUGGGGCCGACAUUCCCACCGCCGACGCCUCCAAGAGCGAGAGUCGAUUGAUGGCACUGACAAGCGAACACCAGCUUGUCGAGUUCGAUGCUCUCGAGGGCAGACUCUCAGACUGGUCGAGAAGGAACCCUAAGGCAUAUCUCCCCGAGCAGUUCAAGGGCGUCAAAGACCGCGCGAUGGGCUGCGUAUGGGAUUUCUCCGAGGAGCGCGAACGGCUUUGGCUGUAUGGUUCUUCUUGGCUAUGGAUGUUCGACCUGAACCAGGAUUUCCCCUCCACGGAAGAGAUGAAGGAAAUGGCCGACGGCCAGGAAGACGGGGAAGGCUCGACGCAGCUCGUCAAGGCGUCCUCAUCCCACAAGCGCAAGCGCGAGCAGCUGGAAGAUGACGAGAAAGAGCGAAGAAAGACGAACAGCGGCGCCGGCGACCGGAUGCCCCUCGCGCAGUCCGACGUGCACUUCGGCGCCAAAUACCGCAAGAUCGAAGGCCACGACGACUCCCAGGGCGAGUGGGUCUCCCUGGACAAGGAGCGCCCUAAGACCACAGCCGCAGACGAGGACGGCUUUGAGUACGACGAGGCGUCCGCCGCCAGCAACGACGCAACCCUCGCCCGCCUGCGCAGAGGCAAGCUCGCCGACGACGAGACCACCACCAGCACCCCGCGCAAGACACAGUCUCUCGGCGCCCGCGACAAGCUGCUCUCCCUCGUCAACAGCCUCAGUGACACCCCAACCCGGAAGCCCAUCGACGACAUGCUCGACACGCCCCAGAAACAGCUGGUGCCGUCAAACGGGACCCAGCCCGCCCGCCGGUGGUGGUACACAUACAAGUACCGAGACAUCCUCGGCAUCGUCCCCCUGCGGCCCCUCUCGGACGAUGAGCAUGCUAGCGAGAGCACAGACAGCAACAACAGCACAUUGGAGGUGGCGAUUGUCGAGCGACCCAUGUGGGACGUUGAACUGCCGGGCCGGUAUGUCAGAGACUACGCGUAG